CCUGCUGAAAGAAGAGAAGAAGCUCAGCUAUUGUCACAGUCACGGAGGGACAGCAGGCGAAGAGCAGAGCGCGUCAAGAACCAUCGCGUCCAAGAGAGGGCAGAGGUGGCGGGGACUUGAAGUUUAUCCCCCCCAAACCCUGAUGGUGGGCCAGAACCCGAGGAGGAGCGCGGGAAGAACGUAGAUCACAGAGACCCCGUGGGGGGCAGGUUCUUCCCCCGGGGGGGGGUGUUAUGGAAGCAGCGGAUCUGGCCCAUGGAUCCCGCCGGUCGCUCGGGCUCGGCGGAUCUCUGUAAGGAGGGGAACGCCCCCGCGGCCAGCUGAAGCCUAUCGCACGGCGCGUUUUUCGAGGGCGGAGCCGAGCAGGUUCCCCCGGAGGAGAACCGGAGAACAAUGGUGGGGUUCUGGCUGUUCCUCCCGCUCAUCACAGCCUGCGUGGCCAUCUAUAUGGAGGCGGCCGAGAGCCACAGCACGUUCACCUGCGAGCCCAUCACCCUGCGCAUGUGCCAGGACCUGCCUUACAACACCACCUUCAUGCCCAACCUGCUCAACCACUACGACCAGCAGACGGCCGCCCUCGCCAUGGAGCCCUUCCACCCCAUGGUGAACCUGCAGUGCUCGCCGGACCUGCGGCCCUUCCUGUGUGCGCUCUACGCCCCCGUGUGCACCGAGUACGGCCGCAUGUCUCUGCCCUGCCGCCGCCUCUGCCUGCACGCCAAGCAGGACUGCUACAAGCUCAUGGAAAUGUUCGGAGUCAGCUGGCCUGAGGAGAUGGAGUGCAGCAGGUUCCCCGACUGCGACGAGCCGUACCCGCGUGCAGUGGACCUCCUCACCAGCGCCGACAGCACGGACGAGUCGCCCAUGUCGGUGCAGCGGGACUAUGGCUUCUGGUGCCCACGCGAGCUCAAGAUCGAGCCCGACCUGGGCUACACCUUCCUGGGCGUGCGCGACUGCUCUCCGCCCUGCCCCAACAUGUACUUCCGGCGGGACGAGCUGAGCUUCGCCCGCUACUUCAUCGGCGUGGUCUCCAUCGUGUGCCUGUCGGCCACGCUCUUCACCUUCCUCACCUUCCUCAUCGAUGUCACGCGCUUCCGCUACCCGGAGCGGCCCAUCAUCUUCUACGCCGUCUGCUACAUGAUGGUGUCGCUGGUCUUCUUCCUGGGCUUCCUGCUGGAGGACCGCGUGGCCUGCAACGCCGCCCGGCCGGGCCACUACAAGGCCUCCACCGUCACCCAGGGCUCCCACAACAAGGCCUGCACCCUGCUCUUCAUGGUGCUCUACUUCUUCACCAUGGCCGGCAGCGUCUGGUGGGUCAUCCUCACCAUCACCUGGUUCCUGGCCGCCGUGCCCAAGUGGGGCAGCGAGGCCAUCGAGAAGAAGGCCCUGCUGUUCCACGCCAGCGCCUGGGGCGUGCCGGGAGCCCUCACCGUCACCCUGCUGGCCAUGAACAAGAUCGAGGGCGACAACGUGAGCGGCGUGUGCUUCGUGGGGCUGUACGACGUGGACGCGUUGCGCUGGUUCGUGCUGGCGCCGCUCUGCCUGGACGUGCUGGUGGGCGUGUCGCUGCUGCUGGCGGGCAUCGUGGCGCUCAACCGCGUGCGCAUGGAGAUCCCGCUGGAGAAGGAGAACCAGGACAAGCUGGUCAAGUUCAUGAUCCGCAUCGGGGUCUUCUCCGUGCUCUACCUGGUGCCGCUGCUGGUGGUCAUCGGCUGCUACUUCUACGAGCAGAGCUACCGGCCUGUGUGGCAGACCACCUGGGUGGGGGAGCGCUGCCGGGAGUACCACAUCCCCUGCCCCUUCCAGGUGGAGCAGACCAGUCGGCCCGACCUGGUCCUCUUCCUCAUGAAGUACCUGAUGACCCUGGUGGUGGGCAUCCCCUCGGUCUUCUGGGUGGGCAGCAAGAAGACCUGCUUCGAGUGGGCCAGCUUCUUCCACGGCCGCCGGCGUAAAGACAGCGCGGUCAACGAGAGCCGGCAGGUGCUGCAGGAGCCCGACUUCGCCCAGUCGCUGCUGCGCGACCCCAACACCCCCAUCAUCCGCAAGUCGCGGGGCACCUCCACCCAGGGAACCUCCACGCACGCCUCCUCCACCCACCUGGCCAUGCUGGACGACCCGCCCAGCCGCGCCGGCAGCGUCCACAGCAAGAUCAGCAGCUACCACGGCAGCCUGCACCGCUCGCGGGAUGGCAGGUACACCCCCUGCAGCUACCGGGGCGUGGAAGAGCGCGUGCCCCACGGGAGCAUGCCCCGCCUCAACGACCAAUCACGCCACAGCAGCAUGCACCGCCUCGACAGCCAAUCGCGGCACAGCAGCGUGCGUGACCUGAGCAACGCGCCGGCUGCUCACAUCACCCACGGCACCAGCAUGAACCGGGUCAUCGAGGAGGACGGGGCCAGCGCCUGAGCGCUGGGGAGGUGGCCUCUCCACCGGUGGGGCGGGGGGACAGAGCCGGAGGCGGGACAUGACCUGACCCCCCUCCCCGCCUCUGAAUGUGCCCUUUCGGUCUCCU